CGCUCGGGGGGCCGGGCCGCUGCCGUGUGCCGGCGGUGCCGCCAUGUACCGCCUGUGCCGGCCGUCCCCGCUGCUGUCGCCGCUGCUGUCGCCGCUCCGCCUGCCCCGCUCCCCCUGCCCCGCCUGGGCCGCGCUGCCGCCGGGGCCGGGCCCUCAACGCGCCCGCGCCAAGGAUGCAGCUGAACCCCUCAAAAAUGCAGCCACUGAGCCCAGUGCUGAAAACAAGAAACUCAACAAAUCCCAGCAGCUGAAACAAAUUUUUAAAGAAUAUGGUGCUGUAGGGGUUUCCUUCCAUGUUGGAAUUUCCUUAGUAUCUCUGGGAAUCUUCUACCUGGCUGUGUCAAGCGGCGUGGACAUGAGCGCGGUGCUGCUCAAGCUGGGCUUCAGCGAGGCCUCUCUGCAGUCCCGGAUGGCAGCUGGCACCAGCACCUUCGUGCUGGCCUAUGCUGUGCACAAGCUCUUCGCCCCCGUGCGCAUCAGCAUCACCGUGGUGUCCGUGCCCUUCGUGGUGCGCUACUGCCGCAAGGCCGGCCUCUUCAAACCCCCUGCCUCCAGCCCCUGAGCUCUGGCCUCUUCAAACCCCCUGCCUCCAGCCCCUGAGCCUCUUCAAACCCCUGCCUCCAGCCCCUGAGCUCCUGGCCUCUUCAAACCCCCAGCCUCCAGCCCCUGAGCCCCUGGCUGGCCUCUUCAAACCCCCUGCCUCCAGCCCCUGAGGCCCUGUCUGGCCUCUUCAAACCCCCUGCCUCCAGCCCCUGAGCCCCUGGCGAGCCUCUUCAAACCCCCUGCCUCCAGCCCCUGAGCCCCUGGCCUCUUCAAACCCCCUGCCUCCAGCCCCUGAGCCUCUUCAAACCCCCUGCCUCCAGCCCCUGAGCCCCUGGCCUCUUCAAACCCCCUGCCUCCAGCUCCUGGCCUCUUCAAACCCCCUGCCUCCAGCCCCUGAGCCCCUUCAAACCCCCUGCCUCCAGCCCUUGGCCUCUUCAAACCCCCUGCCUCCAGCCCCUGAGCCUCUUCAAACCCCCUGCCUCCAGCCCCUGAGCCCCUUCAAACCCCCUGCCUCCAGCUCCUGUCUGGCCUCUUCAAACCCCCUGCCUCCAGCCCCUGAGCCCCUGGCCAGCCUCUUCAAACCCCUCUGCCUCCAGCCCCUGAGCCCCUGCCCUGCUCUCCAGGGCAGACACACAGCUCUGCAGGGCAAGCGUUUCUUUCAAAGACUGCUCUGGGUUCAGGUCGAUCUCAUCUUGGUUUCUCACUUGUUCCUUCAGGUAAAUGUCACUGUGAAAAGUGCUGUCCCUGUCUCCUGUCCCUUUUGCUGCUUAUUCUUAGGACAAACCUGUUGAAAUGGGAAUAUAAAUGCUUGACAGGGAGCAUAGUUCUGGGUCUUUAUAAGCCAGCUUUUGAGCCUUUUUUUAUUUCUUUUAAAACCAGUCAUAGCUUUUAUUUAUUGUUGUGUAGCUGAGUAACACUGAGAGUGUCUUUCCAGCAGAAUAAACAAUAUGUCACUACAUGGGUACUUCUCUUGAUAAGGGCAUGUAUUGGAAUCUAAAGUGGCAGGUGGGUGUUUUUUUUGUUAGAACAGGCUUUUGUUAUAGCCCUUCUUGCAGUACAGCACAGGCACUGAACUGACUUCAGUAGGAGUACCCACAUGAGAAAUUAUUGCAGUCAUAAUUGGUUUAGGCACAAUAGGUGAAGCACUGUUCUGAAACUAUGUGUGCUGCUUCCAUAGUCCAAGAUUUUGUUUGAAAAUGUGCUGGCUGGGAGCCAGCCUUACUGAAGUCCCUUUGUUUUUAAGUGUCUAUAGACUCAGAAGAAACCCUGAGCCUACUGAAAUCAGUGUAACCAGAAUUACCCAUGUGAACAUACUCCAGACAGCAUCAAGGCAGAAAGGAGCUGGGGAUUUAUAACAGAGAUCUGCCUUUGUACUGGAAACACUUUUUAAAAAAUCUUUAACCCCAGCUGCUUUCUGCUCCCAUGGGUGAAACUCAAAUCAUCUGCACCAGAAGUGCAAACAUUCCAAAUCCCAGCUUCCCAGGAAGAAUUCCUGUGCUGUGGGCUGAGACUGGUGAAUGUAGCAAUGAGGGGGCUUUGCCUUUGCCUUUCCUUGUGGGGACACUGUGGUGUUAGAAUGUAGUUACAGGGGUGGAUAUCUACAUCCCAGUCAAGCUGCAGCCUGAUCCUACAACAGAUUAAUUAAUGUCACACUGGGGUAGGCCUGGGUUUGGAGCUCUGAUUUCAGUAAAAUAGCAGGAAAAUACUCUGAAAUAGCUUUCUAGUUUUGCUAAAAUUUAGUGACUAGAGAGGAAGAAAGGGUGGAGUUUUGAUAAGAGCAGGCUGAGGGAAGAACAAGGAGCAAAUAACUUCUUGUUAUGAGCAGCCUCUUGCCUCCCCUCAGCCAGAAUAUUAAAUUGCACCUUAACUCCCUCCCCCCCAGAAAUGCCCAGGUUUCAUGUGGACCAAGGAUAAGAAUUCCAAAAUAACUCCAAGGCAGCCUUGUUUACUUCAGUUAGAAUAAUUUCUGAGAAAGAUGCUUUGUCUUAAAUGUAAUAAGGAAGGAAUAUUCAAAGUUUUUUCAAAAUCAUACAAAAUCAUUUAAAACAAUAAAAUCAUUUACAAGCCAGUAGAAGGCACCCAGCACUAGAGUUUUCUUCUGUAAAGAAACAGCUUAAUAUAAAUUGUGGCCAGAAUUCUGAUUACUUUUGUGGUUGUAUAAACUACUGGCAGUUUGUUUAGAUGAAGAUUUUUGCAAAGUAUAUUUUAAAUUAAUUUGAGAAUAUAUUUUGAAUUCUGGAAUCCUUGCUUGUAGAAGGAUCAUUUUUUAAAACUGUUUGUAAAAUAGCAAAGUCUUAUUCUGAAAA